AGCGAUGGAGCGCCUCCCGCUGUCCGUGCUCCAGGACAUAGUUUCUCUGCUCGAUCUCUCUUCUCUCUUCGCGGCCGCGUCGACGUGCCGGGUGCUGAAAGCCGCUGUCGAUCAGGAGCUGCCGUUCUUGGAAAAUCUUCAUCUUGAGGACUAUUCUCUGGAUCGUGCCACAUUGAAACGGCUCCUAACGUCGAGCAUUGGCUCGUCGAGCUCGCGAUUAAGUUUGAAACUCCGUGGCGUGGCUCUGGAGGAUGAUAUGGUAGACCUUAUUGCCAAGCCUCAGCUGGAGGAGCUCCACCUCGAGUACUGCACAGAAUUCUCGCCGGGGUUUUUUCACGACAUUGGUCUCACUGCUCGCAACCUCCGGCGUCUAUCGAUAAAUCCAUGCUCGGAUACCACAACGAUGUCUUUAGCUUCACUCCAGCACUGCCAUUCUUUGGAGUCCUUGUCGCUGCUAUUUGAUCCGGAGGUUUUGGUAUUUGGUGGUAUUGUCCUACCUUCGCUAUUAGUUCUUGAGAUUGGUGGUCUUUCGGAAGAGCACGGUCUCAAGCUUAUCCACGCCACAGCGUCUCCAGCCUCGCAGUACAAACUCCAAAGGCUGUCCUUGGUUCUCUACCAUAUCACCGACGCUAUUGUGCAAUGCGUUUCUGAGAACCUGCCUAUGCUUUUGGAGCUUGAGUUGCGGGACGAGCCAUCCGAGGCUUAUCAGAACGACUUAACAGAUGCGGGCAUUCAGAAACUUGGAGCUCUUACUCGGUUGCGUCGGCUUUCCCUGGUCAGAGGCUCGAAAUUUUUCUUCAAGCGAAUCAACGACGUUGGAGUAUUUAUAAUGAUCCACAGCCUGCAGCAGCUGGAGAGUAUAAGGCUCGGUGGUUUCUCUCGGAUUACAGACGCUAGCUGCGCGGCUAUUCUCUACAGUUGCUCGAAGCUUCACACUUUUGAGCUUAUGAAGACGAGUAAGUUAACCGACUUGGCGUUUCACAACUUAUCAUCAUCCGUUCCUCGCGGGCUUGUCAACGUGAACUUGUCUCUGAACAACUUGCUCAGCGAUGACACUCUCGGGCACUUCGUCUGUUGCACCACUUUGGAGGUGUUAAAUCUCAGAGGCUGUAGAAGCAUCGGUGACGCUGGCCUGCGACAUAUCUCCAAGUUAUGCAACUUGAAAACGCUAUUGCUCGAUGGCUCAGAUGUUAGCGACUUCGGCCUUUAUCCUCUUGCAAAGGGGAAGAUGUCGUUGAUAUCACUUUCUCUGAGAGCUUGCACAAGGGUCACGGACGAUGGAAUCGUCGCUCUAAUGGCCGGCAGGGCAGCGAAAACGUUGAAGUCUCUUGAUCUCUCACUCAUACCGAAGCUUACGGACGCAAGCAUUUUAUCGCUAGUGCAGAAUGGGGUGCUACCAGCAGAGCUUUGGUUACGGAACUGCUACCAGAUAGGAGACGUCUCAGUGAUGGUGUUGGCUACGCAUCUCGCUAUGCAUCCCGGAAGAGUUCUCAAGCUGCUUGAUCUUUGGAACUGCAGAAAAAUAACCGCGGAUGCUUUAAGGUGGUUCAAGUGGCCUUACUUCUCCGGCCUGAGGAAGCUGGGAGUUCCUGUCCCGCUGGAAGAGACUAUCAGAUCAGCACGUCCUUCUACCCUUUUAAGCUUCGACGGAUCCGAAUGCUUUGAUGAUGAAAGUGGCUGGGUGGACGAACUUGAGAGGAGACUCGAGAAAACCAGCAACUAUAGAGUGGCUUCUACUUCGUGAUGUUUCAUCCAGGUAAUUUCUUCGUAAGUUUGGUUAUAGCUUGAACGAGUUGAACGGUCUAGAUGUGC